UGAAGGACCUGCGUACACCAUGACUUUGUACCACAAAUAUCCUGAAAACGCGCGGCUUCCCUCCGACAUGCAUGGCUCGGAACAAGACCGGAGAGACUUAACGGAGGGUCUCCAGGGUGGAACGUCCCCGGUGAAGCCCCCGUACUCUUACAUCGCCCUCAUCACCAUGGCGAUCUUGCAGAGUCCCCAAAAGAGACUCUCCCUCAGUCAGAUCUGUGACUACAUCAGCCAGACCUUCGCCUACUAUCAGGACAAGUUUCCUGCGUGGCAGAACUCAAUCCGACACAACUUGUCUCUCAACGACUGUUUCGUCAAAGUCCCGCGGGACCCCGGCGUCCCCGGUAAAGGGAACUUUUGGACUCUGGACCCCAUGUCAGCGAGUAUGUUUGCAAACGGGAGCUUUCUUCGGCGGAGGAAACGCUUCAAGAGGCAACAGUCGCCCUGGAGGACCGUGGAGGCAAGAGGAGCUCCUCAGCCGGGACAUGAGUUGUACCAGCUGAGCCCUAAAGAUCCUUUCAGCAGCCUGGUUCCUCUAAACCCAGAAACAGGGAGAACUUUCAUUCCUGCUCCGUCCUCAGUCUUGUCUUUGGACCAAGCCUCUGUCUUGACCUACACAUUCUCUCUACACAGAAUGGCACCCAGUUUACCUCUUUACUACAGUAUGGCUGACCCUGAACACACCUUGACUGACUAAAGCAAACAUUUCACAUAUAACAGUGUAUAUUAGUGU